GUUAGAGGCACCAAGGGGCCGGCGGAGGUGGCAAGGAAGGCGGGGCAGCUGGGGCAACAGGGCCGCGGCCAUGGGGUGCUUGAAGGACGAGCUGCUCAAGGCCAUUUGGCACGCCUUCACCGCACUCGACCUGGACCACAGCGGCAAGGUCUCCAAGUCCCAGCUCAAGGUCCUUUCCCAUAACCUGUGCACGGUGCUGAAGGUUCCGCAUGACCCAGUUGCCCUUGAAGAGCACUUCAGGGAUGAUGAUGAGGGACCCGUCUCCAAUCAGGGUUACAUGCCAUAUUUGAACAAGUUCAUUUUGGAAAAGGUCCAAGACAACUUUGACAAGAUUGAAUUCAAUAGGAUGUGUUGGACCCUCUGUGUGAAAAAAAACCUCACAAAGAGUCCCCUGCUUAUUACUGAAGAAGAUGCAUUUAAAGUAUGGGUUAUUUUCAACUUUUUAUCUGAGGACAAAUAUCCACUAAUUAUUGUGCCAGAAGAGAUUGAAUACCUGCUUAAGAAACUUACAGAAGCUAUGGGAGGAUGUUGGCAGCAAGAACAAUUUGAACAUUUUAAAAUCAAUUUUGAUGACAAUAAAGAUGGCCUUUCUGCAUGGGAACUUAUUGAGCUUAUUGGAAAUGGACAGUUUAGCAAAGGCAUGGAUCGGCAGACGGUAUCAAUGGCAAUUAAUGAAGUCUUUAAUGAGCUUAUAUUAGAUGUGUUAAAACAGGGUUACAUGAUGAAAAAAGGCCAUAGACGGAAAAACUGGACUGAACGUUGGUUUGUGCUAAAACCCAACAUAAUUUCUUAUUAUGUGAGUGAGGAUCUGAAAGAUAAGAAAGGAGACAUUCUCUUGGAUGGAAAUUGCUGUGUGGAGUCCUUGCCUGAUAGAGAUGGGAAGAAAUGCCUUUUUCUCAUAAAAUGUUUUGAUAAGACUUUUGAAAUCAGUGCCUCGGAUAAAAAGAAGAAACAGGAGUGGAUUCAGGCCAUUCAUUCUACUAUUCAUCUGUUGAAGCUGGGCAGCCCCCCUCCACACAAAGAAGCCCGGCAGCGUCGAAAAGAACUCCGGAAGAAGCUUCUGGCUGAGCAGGAGGAGCUGGAGCGACAGAUGAAGGAGCUCCAGGCUGCCAAUGAAAACAAGCAGCAGGAGCUGGAGACUGUGAGGAAGAAACUGGAAGAAGCAGCAUCUCGUGCAGCAGAAGAGGAAAAGAAGCGCCUUCAAACUCAAGUGGAACUACAGGCCAGGUUCAGCACAGAACUGGAGCGCGAGAAGCUCAUCAGACAGCAGAUGGAAGAACAGGUUGCUCAGAAAUCCUCUGAAUUGGAACAGUAUCUGCAGCGAGUACGGGAGCUGGAAGACAUGUACCUAAAACUGCAGGAGGCUCUCGAGGAUGAGAGACAGGCCCGGCAAGAUGAAGAGACUGUGCGGAAGCUUCAGGCCAGGUUGCUGGAGGAAGAAUCUUCCAAGAGAGCUGAACUAGAAAAGUGGCACUUGGAGCAGCAGCAGGCCAUUCAGACCACUGAAGCCGAGAAGCAGGAGUUGGAGAAUCAACGCAUUAUGAAAGAACGAGCCCUUCAGGAAGCAAUGGAACAGCUGGCGCAGCUUGAGUUAGAGCGGAAACAGGCGCUUGAGCAAUAUGAGGGAGUUAAAAAGAAGCUGGAGAUGGCAACUAAUAAGACCAAGAGCUGGAAGGACAAAGUGGCCCAACAUGAAGGGUUAAUUCGAUUGAUAGAGCCAGGUUCAAAAAACCCUCACCUGAUCACUAACUGGGGACCUGCAGCUUUCACCCAGGCAGAACUUGAAGAGAGAGAGAAGAAUUGGAAAGAAAAAAAGACCACCGAGUAACUGAGCAUGGCAGAAGUAGCGUCAUUUAUACAAAUACCACGUGUAGCUGGAAAGCUUUAUGCUAAAGACAAAAGAACUGGCUUUGCUCCUUCUAACUAUUUCUUCCUUGAGUCAAUGUACCAAGGAAGCCUUCUUAUUUAUCUUCCUGCAAAUAAGGGCCUUAUCGGGGGAAAAGAAGUUAAUAUUGUCAGGCUCAUUUUACUCUUUCUUUGAAAACUUCAGCUUCUGAAAAUUA